GCGUGGAGAUAUCUGGCGCCCUGUACGCCUGGGUCAUCGUGUUCAUCCUGCCGGUCAACUCAGCGCUCAACCCACUGCUCUACACACUCACCACCAAACUGUUCAAGAAGAAACUACUCUCCAAGUUCACAUCUGUAGUCUUCAGACCAGUCCAGCAGCCAGAGUCGACCCACUCACAGUCUAGUUUGAAGAACAACACUUCUCUCACCCGACCAGCCCAGGAGUGUGAGAUGGGACUGCUCAAACGAUACUACCCGUCACAGACACGCAAAAGCAGCAGCACGCAUCAUUCAAGCCAUUCCGAUGGCCGUCAUCACAGCAACCACCGCCACUCCUUCAGCAACCGGCAGUCGUCACAAGCUCUGUGGCGACGUAACAACCCCGGCAAGUUGCCUCAGACCUAUAUCGGAGACCCUCUCAAGUCCCGAGCGGACGGCCAGUUGUGACCAUGACAUUGACGAACGCUGUCAGUGUCAAGGAAGUUACAGUAAGGUCCUUGGUCAGUGUGCAUGUGAACUGAGAACAACGGAGGACAAACAAAACAACAAAAACGAUAAGAAACAGCAAAAAUAAAAGAUAAAAUAUUUGGUUCUCUGAAAGUGAAAGUAUUCACGAAACACAGCUGUAUCUUACUGCAAAACAACAGCAACAACAAGAAACAGCAAAUGUAAAAAACAAAAUUUGGUUCUCUGAGAGUGAAAGUAUGAACGAAACACUGCUGUAUCUUACUUCAAAGUUAUUAUCGCGGGAUAUUUUGCGUUUUGAGAAGAACAAAAGAGUGUUCUCUGAAAGCCCCAAAAAACAUAACGUACCGAACGCAAUAAAUUGUAUAAUACUGUAUAUCGUGGGGGAUAUUAUGGUGUACAUUGGAGAGCAAACAAAUCCAAUAUUUUCUUAUGACAGUUACUUAUUAUCAUAAGAGUGUGGAGUGAACGGGCUCUUCGGGAACACCCGGAUUUGGCGCUCUGUGUUGGUUGUUUGUUGUUUUUUUAUGGAGCCCUUCGUGUGCUGGUCACACUAAAAUUGAUUAAAACGGAGCCGGUCUGCGGCAGGCGAGAGGGCUGGCCGUCAGUACAAGAA